UCUCGCCGUCAGUCCUAUAAGCAGUCGGGUGAAACCGGACAGAGUGCCCGGGGCCGUGGGUUUAUUUUCCCCCGGGAAUCGGAAUAGGACACCGACGAACUAUCCCAGAAGAUGUUCCUCUCUCUGCUCCUACCGGCCGUGGCUCUCUUGCUGAGCGGAGAAACGACCGUCUCCGGUGACAGUAACGACAAAUGGCUGAGCACCGUGGCUCAAUUCAACAAGGACAGAUCCUGGAACAGAUUCAGAGACGAUGACUACUUCAAGAGCUGGGCUCCUGCCAAGUCCGCCGACCAAGGCCCAGACGCCACCAAGGACCCCUGUCUGAAGGUGCGCUGUCCCCCUCACAAGGUGUGUGUCAGCCGUGACUUCCAGACGGCCAUCUGCACCAAUCACAAGCCGCCAGCUCACAGAAAAGGCAGCGCAGGUCACAAGCGCAGGCUGGAGGCUGGUGCUCCUGGGAAAUGUCGGCUCUGCUCGGCCCUGCACUCAACUCCUGUGUGUGGCUCUGAUGGACACACCUACUCCUCCAAGUGUAAGUUGGAGUUCCAGAGCUGCCUCGCUGGGAAGACAAUCUCAGCCAAAUGUGAUGGGCUGUGUCCAUGCUUGCCGGGCCAGGAGCUCAUAAAUCCAACACACAUGAGUGAGAAGACUGCCUGCACUGACACAGAGCUUCACAGUCUGGCUGCCAGACUGAAGGACUGGUUCGGAGUUCUCCACCUCGACGCCAACAGAGAUCUCAAAUCGUCUGACAGCUUCGAUUCUGCCACUGGACACUUCGACACCAGCAUCUUGCCCAUCUGUAAGGACUCACUGGGCUGGAUGUUCAACAAGCUGGACAUGAACUUUGACCUCCUGCUGGACCAAUCGGAGCUGAGCGCCAUCUACCUGGACAAGUAUGAGCUGUGCAUGAAGCCCCUCUUCAACUCGUGUGACUCCUUCAAGGACGGCAAGCUGUCAAACAACGAGUGGUGUUACUGCUUCCAGAAACCUGAGGGAAUGCCUUGCCAAACUGAAAAGAGCAGGAUCCAGAAUCAGAGUCGAAGGAAGAGCCUCAUAGGCUCUUAUAUUCCUCGCUGCAGCGAGGAGGGCUACUUCAAACCAACCCAGUGCCACGGCAGCACCGGCCAGUGUUGGUGUGUGGACAAAUAUGGCAACGAGAUCGCUGGCUCCAGAAAACAGGGCAACCCCAACUGCGACGAGGACCAGGAGACAUCGGGGGAUUUUGGCAGCGGCGGAGCAGUCAUCCUCCUCGAUGACCAGGAGGAGGAGCCAUCACCGAGCGUCCGCAGCCGGCAGAAGAAGAGACGGGGCCGGAUCCACCCCAGAGGCGCCGUCUGGGACGACGAGGACGAGGAGGACGACAAGGAUGACGAGGUUGGCUACGUUUGGUAGCUCCGCUUCAUUUUACUCUGCCAUCAGCCCGACCAGGAAACUCCGUUAACUCAGCACAGAUCUGAAGCCAUUCCAAUGUCUCCUCCUCCUCCUCCUGUUACCUUGGCAGCAGUCCGUCGUUUGGCUCCUGAACUUGCUCCUGUAAUGCCCAUCCCUUAUUCAAAUCUCUCUCUUCGGUGAAACUCAACCGACCUCUUCCUUUUCAAGUGUUUCCUCCGACAGCAAACAGAGAGCCUAUUAGAUUUCAUCACCAACUGUCAAGCCCCCUGUUAGAUUCUGUCCACGUUCUGCUUCCCCCACACCCGUCAUCUUUAACCUCCUCUAACAAGGACUCUUCUCUGUUCUCUCUGUAACUCCCUCUAUCUCCUUAAACCGCUUCUAUCCCUCCUUCUUCUAUCGCUGUGUGUCCAUGUCGGGGCCUCUGGUCAGUCUGUGAGCCCACAUAUAUUAGCUGAUGUAUUGGAUGUAAAUAUGUUUCCUCCAGGAAAGGCCAGAACGGGGAUUCAUUUCCCUGUUCCUCCAUCAGCAGUUCAUUCUUCACUCAUUUAUGUUCUGUGUCCCACUGUUGGGCUCCUUCAUGUGUCCAUUAAUGUUUCCGCAAUUCAACGCCCCCACUCCCAGGCUCUGAGAUGCCCCCCCACACACACACACACAAACACACACCCCACGCCCCCCUCCCUCUCUCUCUCUUUCUCUCUCUCUCUCUGUCUCUCCCUCUCUGUUAUUUCAUGGAGGAUUGUAAAUUAUUUAAUCGUUGAUCCUGAAUGUCCAAGAAAGCCCGGGAAGCAAUGAGAUUAAUGAUGUGUUGUCGUUGUUGUUGCAUGUUCCUCAUCGUGUUUCUGUAAAAGAGAGAUUCCCUGGCCAGGUCUAGCUCUAUGCAUCUCAAACAGAAAGUGAUGCCUCUUUGGCUGCUACAAUACUUUGUUGCUAUGUCGAUGCUGUCUAGUGUCUCUUUGGUUCUUCUCCCAACCUCAGGAGGUAGGAAGUUGCAUUGCAGAGGGAUAGCGGUGUAGAAAGGCGAACUGCAAGGCCUACAGUCCAAAAUCUGCAGCAUCUCAGCCAUCUAUACUUUUACUGAGUGGUCAGUCGGGGCUGCUGAGGCUGUUUGACUGUGCAUGGACACUAGAGGGGAAAAAAAGAAGCUGCUCCUGAGCUGGGAGGACACAUGAAGUCGGGCGAGCAGAGGAGAGGCUCUGUUCUGCCUCCCAACAUCGGAUAUGUUCAGUAAUUUGAAAUUGAAAUCUCCACCAUGUCA